GGGCAGUUGAGCACAGCGCUGUACCCUUGACGCAUGCGCAGUGGCUGAAGUGACUCAAAUCGGCAGCGCGAGAGGAAAGGAGAGAAAUAAUGUCUGUGCUCCACGGUGUCCCGUGUCUGUCCGGGGGCUGAGCCGUGAAGGCGGAGAGCGCCACAUGGAGACGGCUCUGAGAAACCUGUCGAGCUCGGUGGAGCUGCUGGCUGUGGCGGCGCAGAGCGGAGCGGUGGAACAGUGGGAUGACCACAGUCUGUCCACAGCCUUUGACUGGGCCCGGUACUGCGAACACCUCUCCUCCAGGUUUCACAACAACCCCGCGGUCAGAGGAGUCAUGGAGGAGCGGCUCCAGCUCACAAAUGCACGUCUGAGAGCCGCGUUCCCCGGAUACACCGAGGUGUCCUUCUCCGACCUGUCCCGGUGCCAGCACCACCUGCUCACCGGGCUGCUGAACAACCCCAAGCUGCCCGUCUCCAUCAUGAAGCUGCUCUUUGACAGUAACACUGCAGACAGCACGCACAGUGGGAGUGUGGAUGUGGCCGGCCUCUGCAGCCACAUCAUUCAGUGCAAGUCUGCCUGUAAAGUCCUGAGUCCUCUCAUCCCCCCUUCAGCUGUGGGUGCUGAUGCUGAGGUGCAGGGGGGGCUGCUGAUGGAGAGGCUGGGUGCUCUGAUCAGACAAGGUGGUGAAGCCUGCAGGGCAGAGCACUUUUUAGACUCUGUCCUCCAGGGAUGUGAAGGAGCAGCAGCAGCAGAACAUUUCUGUCUGGUCAUUGCUGCAGCUCUGCUGACAACGACAGACUCAGAAACUGCCUCACAGGAUGUUCUCCUGGACUGGCUGCUGAAAAAACACAGCACGCUACAGCACAUGUGUUCUGCCCUGCCCAGCACACUUCUUAUGGACCUGGUCAAAGAAAACCUGAAAUUGAGAGACACAUACUGUGAUGUGCUAAAGAAGUGGGCCUCUGAUAUGGAGUACAGCAUAAGUGAUGGUGAAUGGGUUCAGAGCAGAACAAACCCCUCAGUGUCCUUUCAGAAACUGACCGAGCACUUUCAGGCUUUGUUUGAGACGUGUCCCUCUCUGAGGGACGAUGUAGAGAAAGAGUUUAAUGCUUUGAAGAUUUCUGAUGGAGACUUUGAUGUAAGAGGUCUGAGUGUGUGGGGAGACCUCCUGUCAGAGUUACACAAGUGACUGUCAGUUGUGGGGGGUUUUAAGAGCUGUAAAAGUUAAAUGUAUAUGUCUGUUUAUAUCCUGAUGCUUGGUAUUAAACCUCAGUGCAUUAAAAUAUCCCUGAUUAGUGAACACUGUCAACAAAGGCUUGUUUAGGGCCACAUUCUUCUUUACCUCUGAUCAGUUGCUAGUUUAAGUCUAAAUGUCUUCAGUGAAGUUCUUGUGUUUAAACAUUUAACAAUUAAAUGUUGGUUAGUUUUGUUAAAAGAAGAAAAUUGUUUUGUCAAAAAUCUUGUUUAUGGUCUUACAGUUUUUUUUUGUUAAGUAUAAUUCUGGUAACAAUGGUGAAGAAGAAGCUCAGGUGUCAUAUCAGCAUUCGUAUCGAAACAUUUAAGGUGGUACCAAUCCCUGUGUUGAACAGUUUUGUUAUUUUGGUUUUAUACUGUUGGUAUUUAUUAUUUAUUGGCACUUUUUUUUUAAUUUUGAAAUAUAACCAUACACAAACAUACACAGAGACAUAAGCACAACAUAUUGGAUGCAUUUACAUGAUGGAACAAAUUGCAAAAAAAUUUAAAUCCUCAUGUUUGCGAAUCCUGUAGGUCUGAAAGUACUUUGUAUUGAUUCUCCUACUGUGAAAUUUAAGCCACGAGCCUUGUGAUAAUCAAAGUAACUUUUUUAGUCAAUACAAUUGGAUAUUUGUUCAGUAGUGUUGGACAGAUGGUAGCAUCACGUGCUGCUUGUAAUCAGCAGCGGCACGUGACCUGACUGAAUUAAAUUGAGAGUACUUGUCAGGCAGUGAUUUGGCACUUGUCAAAUUGGUCUCUGGAGAUUCAAGGCUACAUCAUAAAUCCCACCUUACCAUCAUAUAAUCGAAUGAUUAUAGAUGUGUUGUCCUAAAAUCAUUCUGCUUGUAGUUUUCCACAGUGUGCAGACUACAGACUGAAACUGGUGCAGAUCUAUGGAGAGAGGCUGUAAAAAUGUCAAUAAGAAAGCAAAGACACUGUAAUCCAUUUUACUUUCCUGUACACCUUAAAUCAUUUUCAGCCUUCAACACCAUCUGUUACUAUCAUCUUUCACCCCUCGAUCUGGAUGUAAAAAAUGUUGAUUGGAUUAAUGCCAGUCAUGUGACUCGAUUGCCAAUUCACACAUCUCGGCUUCUGACCUGUGCGUCGGAGCACCACUGUGGCGAGGGAUCAAUUAGUCAAAUCAGGCGUCUUCAAUCACACCCUCCACAAUAGCUAGUGUGUGUAUAUGUGUGUGUGACGUAACUCUGGCAGACAGCGGAUUAGAGCCCCAGCCGCCGCCUGUGCGGAGGGAAACACCAACACAGCCACAGCUCAUUUAACACACCAUGAAAGCAAUUCACGUAGAGACAGACAAGGGUCACUGAGCAAGGGGCAGCAUGUACACAACCAAUUUAUUUUCAACCAAUGAAGAACAUAUGCAGCAAACUGGAUGGAAACCAACUGUGAUUGAAGGGAUCUCACCUGCUCCUGUGUAAUAAAUACAUGCAAAUUCAUUUCAGUCACAUAUUCAUCAUGUUUAUCAGAUUUGAUUGGAGAAUUCAACAAUGUGAGAAGAAAGUAAGAGUUUUUAAAUUUGAACUUGUGAAAUUGUAUUUUUAUUCCACAAACUAAUGAGAACCCGUGUUACCAAGCAGCACAAUUUAAUUUAGGCUUUGACAGAUUUUUUUGUUUUCCAUUUUGUGUCAUCACCUUUUCUUCACAGCCUCACACAUGGCAGAGCGGGUGAUGUGAUGUCAUGUGAUGAUUCAGAUGUCUGACUCCAAAUGAGAGGCAACAAAAACAAGAGCAACGUGAUGUAGUGCAACGCCCGCACUUACUGAAAACACAUUCGAAAUUAUAUAUUUUAUUCGAUGAAUACCCAUGUGUACCCUGAUUAUAAAGUAAAACCCAUUGUUGUCAUUGCUGCCCUCUGCUCUUAACCUUCAGGUUAAAUUACAGGGUUGUGUUAUUGUGUCCCUUCAAACAGCAGGAGGUCGACGCACACUCUUAAUUUCUACAAAAACAUCCAAUUCACCCGUGUGACACUGUUCACACUAAAUUAGAGGCUUCGUUACAAAACUUUGACAUGUUCCUGUCUUUAAUUGUGUAUUUAUUAUUUGUAAGAAUCUAUUGUAAGGCAUUUACAUGAAUGUCCUUAGAAAUACAAUAUACUGUAUUAGCUCUUAUCACAUCUCCCUGACUUGUUUUCUCAUUCUUUCCAGUGUAAUAUUGCAAUAAACCCACAGUGAGAUGUGCUGAGGGCGACUGUUGUUCUGCAGCAUCUACAGGCUCCUGAAGGAUAGCGUUCAUUAAAACUCAGAUCCAGCUCCCAUCUGGUGGUGUGAAAGGGGAGUCCUCAGAGGGGUGGGGGUGGAGGAGCGGCGAGGGGAGGGGAGCCCUCCCUCGGCACGUGCCUAUAAGCCGAUCCAGCCCGGCCCUCGUCUGGCCUCGGUGACGGAUCACAGACGCAGGAGGGCCCCUCCGCACACCUGUGUCCCCACUCUGAGGAUGCAGCAGCAUCCACCAUCAUCAGACAUGCACUCAGGCCCAGGCAGUGACAUUUAAUCUGGUUUGUUGGCUGGAAGGAAAAGAUGACUAAUGUGUGAUUUUUUUCC